CGAACGAACAAGAGAACGUGAACACGUCUCUACGACUGAGACUGGUCAUUAACAAUCUACAACAAGAGGCGUUAUUCUAUCAAGACAAUCGGAUUUCUACAUACUAUCUUUGAUCUCUACAUAAUGUUUACCACAAAAGCAAUUUCACUGCGAGCAUUGUCCCGGGCAUCAUGCCAGGUCAGAUGUCCAGCAGCGAGGAGACUUUAUGCGACAGACUAUGAACAGCGCACGAAGGAAACGCUGAAAACAUCAUCGCGAUUGAGCUGGCUCACCACAACCGCCGCCCUCGGUGCCGCAGCCCUCUACUAUACCACCACUACCACCGAAUCUUCCACCUCCUCCCCCUCAUCCACCACCGCCAACUCCUCUUCAAAGCCUUCUUCGCCGCCAGCCUCGUCAUCCUCCUCGGACUCCUCAAAAGCUGCCCGGCCAGGGCACCGCCACGAAUCCGACUACGCGACCGACGUGCCCAAGCCCGUUGAAGACCGUCAUGGCGAUACCGUCAACAAACACAGCAUCGCGGCGCGCAAGAACCAAAACAAGGUCCGCGAGGGCAAGUUCUCAGGCAAGGAGUUUGAUAACCAUGUGCUGGAGCAUUCGCCGGGGAAGCCUGGGGGUGACUUCGAGCAGCGUUAGGAUAGCUGUGGAAAGAAAACAGUGGGUGACGAUGGGUUAAAUCAAGGUCGAACUUGGUAGGAGUUGCGGGGUCAUUGAGGAUGCUCAUGUUCUCCAAUAUUGUACAUAUAUUUGUUUACAUUGUAGUCUGUGUUUUGCAGUUAAGCGAGUGUCCAUCUUUCAAAGCAUUGUCUGGAUUUGAGUGUUUCUUGCUUUCUUUUCAUUAACAAGACAGCAUCAUCUGAGGGGAAAUGCGAGAAGUAAUUUUACAAAAAGCGUUUGAGAGACUUCACACUCGAAAUGUUGGUCCCGUCUUUCUGGCAUUUGUUAAGAUGUGUGACUGUAUGUAGUAGGGAGUGCUUUCUUAGCAGAGGCAGUCAAAUUGAAGUUAAGAGGAUUGUGAGUGUAGUGUGGCGAAACUGCUGGUUUGUGGAAUGUAAAGAAUAACUAUCAUCUGUCGCAACGGUGUGCCAUAGUGCACGCACGCUAUUCCAGUUUGAAUACGG